AACCUGAGGUUAAAAAAUUGAAAGACUAAAGUGAAAAAAGGAAGAGAACCCAAAUCCACAAACUUCUUUCUCUCUCUAGGGUUUCUUCAAAGUAUCCAUCUUUCUCAUAUUUUUCACAUUUUUGGUUAACAUUUGAGCUCUGACUUAUAAAAGAGAGAUCAUCUUGUUUCUAAGAGAAGAAGAAGGAGAGAACACAAUAUCUCACACAUAAAGAUAUAAUCUUUAUAAAGAAACACAUAUAUAUAAUAUAAAUAUUCUUAUAGAAAUAAAGAAGAGAGAGGUUUAAUUUGGUUUUGUGGAUUAUAAUUAGAUAUAGGGAUAUGGGGAGAGGGAGAGUGGAGUUGAAGAGGAUAGAGAACAAGAUAAACAGGCAGGUGACAUUUGCAAAGAGGAGAAAUGGGUUGUUGAAGAAAGCCUAUGAGCUUUCAGUGCUUUGUGAUGCUGAGGUUGCCCUUAUCAUCUUUUCUAACCGUGGCAAGCUCUAUGAGUUCAGCAGCAUCUCUAACAUGCUCAAGACGCUGGAAAGGUACCAAAAGUGCAGCUAUGGUGCUGUGGAAGUCAACAAACCUGCCAAAGAGCUUGAGAGCAGCUACCGGGAGUACCUGAAACUGAAAGGUAGAUUUGAGUCCCUGCAACGAACUCAGAGGAACCUUCUUGGAGAGGACCUUGGCCCUCUCAAUACCAAGGAGCUUGAGCAGCUAGAGCGUCAGUUAGAGUCAUCACUGAAGCAAGUUCGGUCCACUAGGACCCAAUACAUGCUUGACCAACUUUCUGAUCUUCAAAACAAGGAACAAUUGUUGCUGGAAGCUAACAGAGCUUUGACAAUUAAGCUGGAUGAGAUCAGUGCAAGAAAUAGUCUCCGAUCAUCAUGGGAAGGAGGUGAGCAAAGUAUGUCAUAUGGGCAGCAGCAUCCUCAAUCUCAGGAGUUGUUUCAGCCACUAGAAUGCAAUCCCACAUUGCAAAUAGGGUACAACCCUGUAGGUUCAGACCAGAUGACAGCCACAACUCAUGCCCAGCAAGUUAGUGGGUUUAUCCCAGGAUGGAUGCUUUGAUUUUUAUGUGCUUCUAUGCUUUUGUUGGCUCAUAAGAAUUGCCUAUAUAUGCUUUUGCUUCUCUGAGUUUGGCAAUAUGUAAAUGAUUUCAAGAGCAUAUGUAUUUUCAUAUGAACAUAAAGAGGAAAAAAAACCAUCAGUGGCUGAAUUUCAGAGAACUAUGGAACCUUUAGCCAUGGACAAAAAGGCAUGUAACUUCAUAAAUGUUGCAAAAAACCAUGACUUAAUUAUCUCUAUUCUUCUGCUAAAUUUGUGUU